AUGGAGCCGUUAUUAGACCAAGAUUCAUGUCAAACUCAAGAGAAACUCGCUGAAACCUUGGAAUUGACUCAACAAGCGAUUUCAAGCCUUCUCAAAGCCAUAGGUAUGGUGCAAAAACAAGAAAGUUGGAUUCCCUCUGAACUCAAACCAAGAGAGAUGAACCGGGGACCAAAAGUGAAUCCACGCCGACAAUCCAAAGCGCAGAUAUCGCGAGGUCAGCCCAGCCAUGCAUUAACUUCAAAGACCAAACCGAAUUUUCAUGGCAAAAAGCUGAUGCUGUGGAUCUGGUGGGACCAGCUCGAAGUGAUCUGCUAUGAACUACUCCAACCCAACGAAACCAUCAGUGGCGAACGUUGGCAACAACAAUUCGUGCAGCUGAGUCGAGCAUUAAAGCUCAAACGCCUCCAAUAUGCCAGGAGACAUGACAAAGUGAUCUUACAGCACGAUAGCACUCGGCAAUGUUGCAAAGAUCAUCAAGGAGAUUUUGAAGGCGCUACAAUGGGAUCCUCUAUCCCACCCGCUGUAUUCAUCAGACAUUGCUCCUUCCGACUACAACUUGUGCCGGUCGAUAACUCAAGGCUUGGCCAAGCAGCACUUCACUACUUUCGAGGAAGCCAAAAAUUGGGUCUAUUCCUGGAUCGCUUCAAAAGACGAGGAAUUUCUCCAACUCGGAAUCCGUAUGCCCCCUAA